UGUCAAAAAAUGCAUACAUCAAAACUUGAGAAAACGUCAAUAAAAAAUUUGGUGAAACUUUUUCCAGGCUACAAAACGAAGGAACUGCCCAACAACUAGAUUCAAUCAAAUAAAAAAUCGUUCAAUAAAUUUUAUGGUAAUUCAGCGUUUCGGAUAUCAUCUAAAAUGAACCGCAGUGAUGGUUUGGUGAGACGAAUUAAAACUCGUUCUGAUGUCGAUGCAAACAGUUCAGCUGGCAAUGAAGAAAACGAUAAUAGUCCCGAUCGAGAUGAAGAAUUGGAAGACAACGAUUCGAAGGAGACCCGAUUGACAUUGAUGGAAGAAGUUCUACUGUUGGGGCUCAAAGACAAAGAGGGAUACACAUCGUUCUGGAAUGAUUGCAUUUCGAGUGGAUUGCGUGGAUGCAUACUUAUUGAACUAGGCAUACGGGGACGCGUUGAACUGGAGCGAGCUGGAAUGCGAAGAAAGGGUUUAACGUCUAGAAAAGUAGUAUUGAAAUCAGAGACUCCGACAGGUGACGUUUUGUUAGACGAAGCCUUAAAACACAUAAAAGAAACCGAUCCACCGGAAACCGUACAGAGCUGGAUUGAAUACCUGAGCGGCGAAACAUGGAAUCCACUGAAAUUGAGAUACCAAUUGAAAAAUGUCCGCGAACGUCUUGCCAAAAAUUUGGUGGAAAAGGGAGUUCUAACCACAGAGAAACAAAAUUUCUUGUUAUUCGAUAUGACCACGCAUCCGCUGAACGAUAACGUGAUCAAAUGUCGACUAGUGAAGAAGAUACAAGAUUCGGUAUUAUCGAAAUGGGUCAACGACCCGCAACGCAUGGACAAACGGAUGCUGGCGUUGAUAUUUCUUGCUCAUGCUAGUGAUGUAUUGGAAAAUGCUUUUGCGCCAUUAAACGAUGAUGACUACGAGCUGGCGAUGAGGCGAGUUCGAGAACUUUUGGAUCUAGACUUUGAAAAUGAAUCGGCCAAGCCGAACACAAACGAAAUCAUCUGGGCAGUUUUUAUGGCAUUUACCAAGUAAUCGAAUGCGGUUGACGUCUCAAUAGUCAAUUUUCAAAAAUUACGGAUCAACCACACUAAUAUCCCUAUUUUAUAUUCAUGUAAUUAACUUGAUAAUUCAAAAAGAAAAAUGAAAACAGAAAACAAAUGAACACGAAUCAGCUGUGUAUGUGUGUAUACGUGUGCUAUUAAUGAUUUUUGAAAUUGAUUAUUUUCGGUUUUAUAAUUACAUUAAAUCCGACAACAUUCAACGCAUAUACGAGAUUUACAGAGGAGGGUCAAUCAAAAUAAAAUUACGAGAAUAACAAUAAAGUGAACUGAGUUUCGGUUUACCCGUGGUUCUACCUAAUUUUAUUUGUUUUUAUUUACAAAAAAAAGUAAGAAAAGAAAAUGAUAUCAAUUCCAUAAAACGUUAGGUUUAAAAUAGGAGUGGACACAAGUUUUUUCUUUUUGUAUUUUCUUUGGUAUGGAAAUUCGACUAUUUUCGAUUUCGAAGUGUUAUAACUACAAAACUGAAGAACUUUUAGAAUAAUUUAUUUGUCUGUGCAACAUUUUAUUUUCCAGUAUAAUUGAUUGUUUAGGAUACGGUUUUUUUUGUUUGUUUGCAAUAAAAAUGUUAUUUAUAUGGACAGAAAAACAAUUACACUAAAUAAACUCACAGUUACACAAAAUCAUAAGCGAUCGGUCUUUCCUAGCUAGAGCGCUGCAAAAAUAUAAAUUAUUUAAACUUAAA